GGAGAGAGAGAGAGAGAGAGUGAGACGCCUGGGAGUCAAUGGCAACGGCCCGCGUGCAACAACCGGCACCCAACACGACCAUGGCGGCCGGGCAGGAGGAUGGCACCUACUACCUGGAGCAGGUUAGCAUUGUAGAAGAUUCUGAGGAUGAUUUCCAAUAUGAAGAGAUUCCUCCCGAUGAUUACUUGGGGUUUCUUGCUGAAGAUGAAGAUUUUCAGUUCACAGUAAAAUCUGUAGAGGAGCAGAAUGAAGAUACCAAAGCAGCUACCCAGCAGGGUGAAUUGAUUUUGAAACCGACUUUGUCCCAUAGACCAGAAGUAGUUGAUGAUUUUCUAAGGAAUUUUCUUAUUAAGAUGGGAAUGAUGAAGACUCUUGAUUGUUUUCAAACGGAAUGGUAUGAAAUGCUGCAAAGAGGCAUUUUGAACAUUGAUGAUAUGGGAUUUGUUCCUGAUGUUUAUACUCACAACCAGCUUCUAGACAAUAGGAUCGCAAGUUUGAAGAAAGAGUUAGAAAAUUACAAGGCAGCAUCCCAUAAAGCUGGUGAAAUAUUAAUAAAACUUAGGAAAGAACGUGAUUUUCAUAGAAUGCAUCACAAACGGGUGGCACAAGAAAAGAAUAAACUCAUUAAUGAUAUUAAAAGAUUGAAAAAACACUAUGCAUCCUAUGAACCUACUCUGAGUGAACUUACAAAUAAGUAUCAUAAUGCAUUGAAGCAGAAAAUGCUGACCAGUUUGGAAAAAGACAGAGCUGUUGGACAGUUGUCAGGGUUGCAAGCCACUUUGCGCACUAUGAAUUGUGGACAAGAUAAUAUCAUCCCUCUGAUUUCAGGUUACAAGACCUACAGAGAAUGCAAAACAUUUGCCUGCACCCAGAAAACAGUUAAUGAAAUAAGAGGGCAAAAGAAUGAUGAACCAUCCAACGAUUCAAGAGAAUUACCUAAAAAGCCACAAAAAACAGUUGAGCAAAAGCAUUCAAAGGACUCUGAAUUUCCUCGUGACACAAGAGUAAACCCUUACCUUGCUCAGAUGAAAAGAAAACCUAAUAAUUUGCUUAGAUCAGGAGAAUGCAGAAUGACCAAGACUCUGAAACUGCAUGAGCUGGCAGUGAGCUGCUUAUCUCUUCAUCCACGAAAAGAAAUCUUGGUGACUGGAAGUGAUGACCGCCUCUGGAAAAUGUGGUCCAUUCCCAAUGGUGACAUUAUCAUGACUGGUGAAGGUCAUGCUGAUUGGCUUUCUGGCUGCAGCUUCCAUCCCAGUGGUAACCUACUUGCAACUGUGAGUGGAGACAGUACAGUGAAGAUAUGGAAUUUCCUGAAGACUGACUGUUUGUUGACAUUCAAGGGACACCUCUCGUCUAUCUGGGGCUGUUCAUGGCACACGUGUGGUGACUUUGUGGCUUCCUGCUCAAUGGAUAAGACCAGCAAAAUCUGGGAUAUUCAUAGUGAGAGAUGCAGAUAUACACUACGUGGUCAUGUCAGUUCUGUAAACAGCAUUGAGUUUGUUCCCUUCUCAAACAGUCUACUUACAAGUUCGGCAGACAAAACUAUUUCUCUCUGGGAUGGCAGAACGGGGCUUUGUGCACAGACUUUCUUUGGUCACGUGCACUCCUGCAAUUAUGCCACCAUGAACCUGAAGAGUGACACAAUUGUUUCAUGUGACUCUUCUGGAAUCGUGAAGCUUUGGGAUAUGAGAAGAGUUGCAUUAAUGCUAACUGUUGAUGUUGGAUCCCAUUCAGCCAACCAAGUGGUCUUUCAUUCAUCCGGUCAAUUGGUGGUCGUCGCCAGUGACGAUGGGACUGUGAAAAUAUUGGAUCUUCCUUCCAGUCAGUUGUCCAGUCUGGCGGGACACGAAGACGCGGUACAGUGUGUGCUGUUUGACCACAAGGGCGAAUAUGUGAUUUCAGGAGGUUCGGAUGGCACUGUGCGUUUCUGGACAUAGAGCAAAUACCCACAACAAUCUAAUAUAGAUUUAAGAUGUCUUUUAAAAAACGUUUCUAACUUUCAAUGACCUUAAUGUGAUGUAUUUCUUCAGAAACCGUUUGAUAAUAAUAUGGCAGUGGGCUUUUAGAACUUUAUUCUAGGUUUGUAUCACUAUAAUUUUGAUAUGCAUUGCAAUGCUUAAUAAACCUCCUCGAUUAACACGGGUUGGAGUUUGGUUGAAAUUACCUUAGAAGUUUUAGGACACUUUAUAUUACUGUCAAAAGCGUGUCCAGUGCAUCUUCGGACCAUCAAUACUAAUCGAACACGUCAAAGGUUACGGUAUAUCGGUUUUGUUCCUAAGAAAUAAAUAAAAUGUGUUCUGCCUGGUG